AAACCUCAGUCGUUUCUCUUUUGUCCCUUAAGCUAGGUUGAAUUCCCACUGACUGACUGACAGCUCAUCGACACAGGUCAUAUAGUAUUUAGCUAUUGACCUAGUCAGAUGCAACUCCAUUCCUACGAUUUAUCAUUUUUUCUGGUCAAUCCAAUUCUUUUGCUUGUUCUGUUGACUGCGUUAGUUUUUUGAGUGGCAAAGUAAAGAAUACACACACAAGAAAACACAGACAAAAAGAGGCUGGGUGGUAUUCAUCGAUCAAGUUCACUUGCCUGUUGCAUUGAGGUUGCUGUAUACUGUUGUGUUUCGUCGUGUUUCUGUGAUUGUGUAUGUGUUUUUUUCUUUCUUCGAGCCAUCUUGUGUGACUAAUCAACAGACAAUAGAGAUGAGUUUCUCACGUAAUGUGAUUUCGGGGGUGCUGACUCGCCUUUUCAGACGAAAGUCAAUGGCUCGUGAAUCGCUUGAGCUAAACACUAGUCAACUGGCUAGGGUUCUCACUGUCUGGGACCUAACUGCCCUUGGGGUUGGCAGCACACUAGGUAUCGGAAUUUAUGUGCUGGCUGGAACAGUGGCCAAAACUCAAGCUGGUCCUGCUGUAAUUCUUUCAUUUUUCGUGGCUGCCGUAGCUUCGCUUUUAGCCGGUUUGUGUUUCGCUGAAUUUGGGGCUCGUGUUCCCAGCUGCGGAUCGGCUUACGUCUAUUGUUACGUCACACUAGGCGAGGGGCUGGCUUUCUUGAUGGGCUGGAAUCUGAUCUUGGAAUUCGUGCUGAGUACGAGCAGUGUAGCUCGCGGCUAUAGUGGAUACGUUGAUCAACUCUUAGGGAAUCCGAUGCGGAACUAUUUCCGAGAAAAUCUCAGCAUGGGAGUCGAGUUCUUGGCUUCUUACCCAGAUUUAUUCGCAUUUGGACUGGUCCUCACCUUGACAGCCAUUUUGACUUUGGGAGUCAAGGAAUCUACCCGCUUCAACAACAUUUUCACAUUGUGCAACUUGUGUAUUGUCUCCUAUGUCGUCGUUUGUGGUUGUUUUAAAGUGGAUUUUCAUAACUGGCAAAUCCGGCCAGAAGAGAUAAUAGACCCUAAUGUCCGAGAGAAGGCUGGAUCUGGCGGCUUUUUACCCUUUGGAUUCAAAGGGAUCAUUGCUGGCGCUGCGACUUGUUUCUUUGGCUUCCAAGGGUUUGAUACCAUUGCCACAGCUAGUGAAGAAGCGCAGAAUCCAAGGAAAACCAUUCCACUGGCCAUUUGUAUGUGUUUGGGUAUAGUUUUUGUCGCCUACUCUGCAAUGGCUGCGGUCUUAACGCUCAUCUGGCCUUAUUACCUUCAAGAUAUUGACACUCCGAUCCCUUACGCUUUUGAACAACUUGGCUGGCCCGUUGCCCGAUGGGUAGUCAGCAUUGGAACACUGUUCGGUCUCUCUACCAGUUUGGUUGGCGCUCUGUUCCCACUGCCACGCAUCGUCUACGCUAUGGCAGAGGAUGGACUUCUGUUUAAAGCGCUUGCACGAAUUAACUUUACAACUCUGACUCCUAUGAUCGCGACCAUUGUAUCUGGGACAGCUGCAGCUUUGUUUGCCUGCCUAUUUAAUUUGCAAGAUCUAGUGGACUUGAUGGCACUCGCCACACUGUUCGCCUUUGCCUUAGUAGCCGCCUGCAUCAUUGUUUUACGCUAUCAGCCAGAAGAGAAUAUUACAACAGCAUCUGAGAGUGGCGAAGUUACUGGACUGUUGGCCGGAGUUGUCCAGAACCAAAUUCGUUAUGUCUCCGACUCUUCGGUUGAAAGCCAAACUAUGUUGAGACAAUUGUUCGUUCUACGUGGUCGUCUGCCAACAGGAUCCAGUGGCAAGGCAGCUUCGUGGCUGACUGUCAUUUAUGUGCUGGUUGCAUUGGCACUUAGUCUGAGCCUUUCCUACACGGCUGACCUCCUUGUGGAGAAGGAAACGUGGGCUGUAGCUUUAGUUGGAAGUUUGACAGCUAUUUUAGUUCUAUUACUAGUGGCUAUUCACCGACUGCCACAAUCACCACAGCAGCUAGCAUUCAAAGUACCUUUAGUUCCAUUGCUUCCAGCGUUGAGUAUCUUUAUCAAUGCCUAUUUAAUGGUUAAUAUGAGGAUGGUCACCUGGGUUCAGUAUUCAAUUUACAUGGCCAUAGGUUUAUCUGUUUACAUCGUUUACGGCUGGCGAAACAGCAAAGAAGAAACACGAAUGCAGGGCAAAUAUGACGUUAACUAUGACGUCAAAUAAGAUCAAAAUCUCAUUGUAAAUUACUUUUCACCCGUGGAUUACUUCGUGAUGUUUAUGAAUCGUUUUCUUUACUUAUUUACUCAAAACUUCAAUCACAUCCUGAACACGUUACAGAAAUCUCUGACUUUCACCGAUUCUUUCUCGCACCUCCGAAAAUCAACUCAGCGUCUGGCACACCUUUGGGAUGCUGGAAACGACCUCGGCGAUCGCGAUUGACAUUGUGAACAGCUGGACGAUUUGCCUACAAAACAAAUGUUGUGUUGUAACUCCUUACUUGUGUCAAGAGAUAUAUUACGAUAAAUAAAUUGAGAACUCCCGGUUCGCUAAUCAACUUA